CCUUCAUCAACACACGUCUGGCGCAACACGCAGAAGGCCCAACAGCCUGCCUCGCAAACAUGGCGUCUACCUUGCCAUUCUCGCUCGAGGCGCUUCGCUCGCACGCCAUUUUCGUGCCCCCGGCGUCGUCGUCCACCGAUGAUGGCUGGGAGCUGGUCGACACUCCUGGCCUAUCUGCCGAUGGACUCCCGGCGCCAAGGAAUGCGCGCAUCGCCGUGCGCGACAAGGACCUGAUCGUCGCGUUCGGGAAGGAGGUCAGAAUAACCACCCUCGCAGGGGAGGGAUGGGAGGUGAACGCUGGGAGCGUCGGCGCGUACAAGACGCUCAAGUCCCCCCACCUCACGUUCACGAUCCACCAGAUCAUCGUCAACCCCACCGGCCGCCUGCUUGCUGUCGUUGGCCACCACCAGCUCGUGAUCCUCGUACUUCCUCGAGCUGGUUUUGGCAGCGGAACCGGCGGCGACGUCGUGGUCAGGUCGUUUCAUGUCGACGAGUACCAACAUUCGCCUUCCUCCACUGCGGCGCUCACCAAGGUCAUCUGGCACCCCUGGGGCGAGAGUGGAAACUCUCUCUGGGUUCUCGCUUCCGACGGCAAGCUCUUCGAGUACGAUGUCCUCCGCCCCCAGGACCCGGUCCAGACGUUCAACUUCCUCCCUGACAAUGCGACACGCGUCAAGGCCAAGUUCUCCGCGAUUGACCCCCUGUCGCAGUACGCGUCGUCGUUUACGUUCUCUGCCGGGGAUUUCGACUUUGGCCCGCUGAUGGUGUACGUCCUCAUGGCGAACGGAGACGUCUACACCAUGGGCCCGGCUUUGCCACUGCACGCCGACGUGCCUGCUACAUACCUCCAGUCGCUGUCGGCAUGGGUCACGGAGCGAACGAAGCGGCUCGAGAAGGCGGAUGCAGGACAGGUAGGCGACGAGGGAAGUGCCGAGCGGGCCUCGUACGCCGGCCGCCUCGCGCUGCAAGCGCAGUGGGUCGAUGCCAUCCUCCGCCAAGCACGCACCGCCCGUGACGAUGGAGAUGCCGACCAGAACGCGUCCCCUGCCCGUCGCCGCGGCUUCGGACUGCGCGAGUCCACAUCAGCUUCCACAGCCAGGGCGGACCGCCCAGCCCCCGGACCAGGAAUGGUCCGCGUCCAUCCCCCACACUUGACGGAAUCUGGCAGCCCUGCUCCCGGUGUCCACCGCCCUCUGGUUCGCCAAGGCCCGCUCGUCUUUGACCCAUCCCCUCAGGAGGUGGGCAACGGUGACGGCGUGGACGAGCAGAGUGCGACCGACCUGAUCGUCCUGAGAGCGUCAGGUGACAAUGAAGACGACAGCGGCCCACGCGCCAACGUGGUUGCUAUCGCAUGGAGUGCCGGGCGAGUAGACCUCGGCGUGGCGAUCGACACCCCAGAGCCCCGUUGGGUUACCUCGCGGGAUCCCGCUCCGGGCGAUGUCACACUCCCGAUUCUCGAAUCCAUCCUCAUCUCCUACCCCGCCGCGCUGGAGCCCGAGGCGGUCGAGGCGAACACCCCAUCCUUGGUGUCUGACCCAGUCCACCCCGACGUCGUGUACGUGCAAAGCUCGUUUGGUGUCGACGCGAUCUCGGUUGCACCCUGGGUCAAGAAGCUUCUGGACGGCAGUGAGGGCGAUCUGCCUCCGAGCGAGGUGGCGCCAUUAAUUGCAGCAGCCCCUUCGAGACCAAUCGUCGGCACCGUCACGUUCUGCAACAUCACCCUGGGCUACGGUAUCCUCGGCCUUGCCUCCUCUGGCCAGCUGGCGACCGUCGAGUUAGAUUUCAGAGUGCAGGACCGAGGGGACGGCGCCCCGCCAUCCGAGGUCGCUGCCGAACCAACACCAGCCGACGUUCCCGACGCACAGUCGCUUCUUGUCAAGCCGUUCGACACCAAGGCUCUCAUCGCCAGCAUUCGCUCUCCUUCAACACCAUUCAACCCCCGUGCGGCUGUCCGCAAGUUGCCUGACAAUGGCAAGCCGCUUGCUGCCAUCGGGCCCGACCACCUGCGUGCUCUUGCCGACGCCUCGUCGCAGAUCAGAGCCCAGGCCGAGGCAGUGCGCACCGCGUCUGCAGUCAUUGAGAGGCGAGUCGAUCUCCAGGUGGCCGAGUACGCGCGCCAACUGAGUGUGCUGCGCGACGCUGCUGCCAAGGCCAAGGCGACGCGCGAGACGGCGACUGCGAGCACUGAGCGGUACGAGCAGAUGGUUGUCGAGCAGGUGGCACUCGCGGACCGCCUCGACGCGGUCCUCAGCGCCAUGCUGGCCGAAUACAGACCACAGAUUGGGCAGGUCGAGCGCAAGUGGUUUGAUGAGCUCGACCGCCUGCGGCAGCGCGUCAGCGGCGGCGCGGCGGUGCGCCGGAACCAGACGUUGGCGCACCGCGCCCAAGUGCUCAAGGAGCAGCUGGGUGUCGUGCGCCCGCUCGCCGAGGCGGCACAGAAGGAGGAAGGCGUGUCCGAGUCGCAGGCGUACGGGCAGAAGCAGCUGCGUCCCCUCGAGCAGGCGUUAGGAUCGCGCGGCGACGAGCUCGCGCGCAUGGUGCGCAAACUCGAGUCGCUCAACUUCAAGGUUGACGCGGCGGCCGCCGCAAAGGACGACGAAGAGUAGGACGCGUCGUGUAGUCGUAGUCGUGUUAGUCUGUCAUGUCGUAGCAC